ACCAGGAGAAUGUGGUGAAGGUGGGCCACAGACAGGUGGUUAACAUGAUCCGCCAGGGAGGCAACCGGCUCCUGAUCAAGGUGGUGACAGUGAGCCGGAAUCUGGACCCCGACGACACAGCACGCAAAAAAGCUCCUCCACCACCAAAGAGAGCCCCCACCACAGCCCUAUCUAUGCGCUCCAAGUCGAUGACCUCUGAACUGGAGGAACUUGUGGAUAAAGGUAAGCAGUUAAAGCUGCAUAACCUUUUGCCAUCCAUUUCACCUAACAGCAGCAUGCAUCGCUGAAUGAAGCUUUUGUUCAGGCUAAUGCAAAUUAAGUUUUGAUCAUUUUGCUUACAUUUGACCCAUAAAAAUAAGAAAGCUGCUUUUCCUCCCUCCUCAUCUCCUGUCCCCCUUUGCCAUUAUGCAUGCAGAACUUGCUUCUAAAGACCCUGCACCCAUG